GUUGAAACGCGAGGCGGUUAACAUGUUUUAAGAAAACGAGCUCCGGCAAAAACAAGAAACGCAAAUCGCAACGCAAACGAUUUUAAAGUGCCAACGAAAAAUAGUAUAAGCAAAAAGCAAAGAAAUUACUACCAAGUGCUUGACCAUUUAAAUCGCUGAGUGCACGCAACAAAAUACACGCAACAAUUACAACACAACUACAACUUUAAGGAUUACGGUUUACGCGACAAAGCAAAAGCAAAAAAGCGAUCAAAUAUGAAAACCAGAAAGUGAAAUACGUUUGAACAAAACAAAAAUUCCCCCUCUCUUCAAAAAAGUCCUCCACAUAGCAGUGUAAACGCUAGCAAAAAAAAGUCCAAGCAAAAGUUCCACUUUCGCGACUUGACGAAACAAAACGAAACAUGUCGACGACAACAACAACAACUACAGUUACAAAAGCACGCCUGUUGCUGCUGCUGCUACUGCUGGCAGCAACGGCGACAGCGACGCAUGCGCAGCAGUGCGCCUGGGAAUUUGUGCGCACCACAAUGGACAUCAAGUGCAAUGUGCGAGCCUUGGACAUGGGCGCUGCGCUCGAUCUCCAAGUGGCGGAGACAGCGAAUCGCUUCGAGCUGCAGUGCAGCGCCGAUUUGCUGCACGCUAGCGAACUGAGCAACGGUCUGUUCAAGAAGCUGCAGAAGCUUGCCGAGCUGCGUGUGGAUGCCUGCAAGUUGCAACGCGUGCCCCCAAAUGCCUUCGAGGGUCUCAUGUCGCUCAAGAAGCUGCAGCUGGAGACGCACAAUGCGCUCUGGGGACCCGGCAAGACGCUCGAGCUGCACGCUCAAUCGUUCCACGGUCUGCGCGAUCUGAGUGAACUGCAUUUGGCCGACAACAAUUUGCGGCAACUGCCCGAGGGAGUGUGGUGCAACAUGCCCGGCCUGCAGCUGCUCAAUCUCACCCAGAAUCGCAUUCGCGCCGCGGAGUAUUUGGGUUUCUCCGAGAAACUGUGCCUCGGCUCGCCCAAUGGCGCUGUGAGUGGCGGCUCCGAGUUGCAACUGCUCGAUUUGUCGCACAACGAGCUGCGUUCGCUGCCCGAUGCGUGGGGCGCCUCUCGGCUGCGUCGCCUGCAGACUCUGAGCUUGCAACACAACAAUAUUAGCACGAUCUCGGCCAAUUCUUUGGCUGGUCUCAGUUCGCUGCGUGUGCUCAACUUGUCGCACAAUCAUCUGGAGUCGUUGCCCGCGGAUUCGUUUGCCGGCAACAAGGAGUUGCGCGAGUUGCAUCUGCACCACAACGAUCUCUACGAUCUGCCUAAGGGUCUGCUCCAUCGUCUCGAUCAGCUGCUCGUGCUCGAUCUCUCUGCCAAUCAGCUGACCAGUCAUCAUGUGGAUAACAACACCUUCGCUGGCCUGAUUCGCCUGAUUGUCUUGAAUCUUUCGAAUAACGCGCUGACUCGCAUUGGUGCCAAGACCUUUAAGGAGUUGUACUUCCUGCAGAUUCUCGACAUGCGCAACAAUUCCAUUGGCCACAUCGAGGAGGGCGCCUUCCUGCCCCUCUACAAUCUGCACACCUUAAACCUGGCCGAGAACCGACUGCACACUUUGGACAACCGCAUCUUCAACGGUUUGUUUGUGCUCACCAAACUGACGCUGAACAACAAUCUGAUCAGCAUCGUCGAGUCUCAGGCCUUCCGCAAUUGCUCCGACCUCAAGGAACUGGAUCUGAGCUCCAAUCAGCUGCUCGAGGUGCCCGAAGCAGUGCAGGACUUGAGCAUGCUGAAGACACUCGAUUUGGGAGAGAAUCAGAUCUCGGACUUUAAGAACGGCACCUUCAACAAUCUGAAUCAGCUGACGGGUCUGCGAUUGAUCGACAACCGCAUUGGCAACAUCACCGUGGGCAUGUUCCAGCAGCUGCCCCGUUUGAGUGUCUUGAAUCUGGCCAAGAAUCGCAUUCAGAGCAUCGAGCGUGGCGCCUUCGAUCGCAACACGGAAAUCGAAGCGAUUCGUUUGGAUAAGAACUUCCUCACCGACAUCAAUGGAAUCUUUGCCACACUCGCUUCGCUGCUUUGGUUGAAUCUGUCCGAGAAUCAUUUGGUGUGGUUCGACUACGCCUUCAUCCCGUCCAACCUCAAGUGGCUGGACAUCCACGGCAACUACAUUGAAGCCCUGGGCAACUACUACAAACUGCAGGAGGAACUCCGAGUCAGCACCUUAGACGCCAGUCACAAUCGCAUUACGGAAAUCUCCCCGAACUCGGUUCCCAACUCGAUUGAGUUGUUGUUCAUCAACAACAACAUCAUCAGCCAGAUUCAGCCAAACAGUUUUGUGGACAAGACACGGUUGGCUCGCGUCGAUCUCUACGCCAACGUGCUGUCCAAGCUCAACCUGAACGCGCUGCGUGUGGCACCUGUGGCACAGGACAAACCCCUGCCCGAAUUCUACCUUGGUGGAAAUCCCUUUGAGUGCGACUGUUCGAUGGAGUGGCUGCAACGCAUCAACAACCUGACCACACAGCAGCAUCCGCGAGUCGUCGAUCUGGGCAACAUUGAGUGCCUCAUGCCACACAGUCGCCAGGCGCCAGUGCGUCAACUGUCGCAUCUCACAGCCGCUGACUUCGUGUGCAAAUACGAUUCGCAUUGCCCUGCCACAUGCCACUGCUGCGAGUACGAGAGUUGCGACUGCGAGAUGAUUUGCCCUAACAACUGCAGCUGCUUCCACGACGCCAACUGGUCGAGCAACAUUGUCGACUGCGGCAAAAUGGAUCUGAUCAACCUGCCACCACGUCUGCCACAGGAUGUCAACGUCUUGUUCUUGGAUGGCAACAACUUGCCACUGCUGCAGGCUUCGCAUUUGAGCGGACAACGCAAUCUGCACACGCUCUAUCUCAACGACUCGAACGUGCAACAACUCGAGCCGGGCAGCCUCGCCCAGUUGCCCAAUCUGCGCGUCCUGCACCUGGAACACAACAAGCUCACCACUUUGGAUGCGGAUACAUUCCGUUCUUUGACUUUGCUGCGUGAGUUGCAUCUGCAGGGCAAUCAGCUGACGCUCAUUGGCAAUGCCACAUUCGAGCCGCUGGUGUCGCUUCAAUUGCUGCGACUAGACAACAAUCGGUUGAGCGUGCUGCCACUGCAACAGCUCUCGAAUCUGCAGUACCGCAACAAUCUCCAGGGACUCACUCUCGGUCGCAAUGCGUGGAGUUGUCGUUGCCAGCAGCUGCGCGAACUCGUCCAGUUUGUUGCAGACAACGCUCUGGUGGUGCGCGAUGUGGCAGACAUCUAUUGCGUGGAUGCAGGCAUCAAGCGGGAGCUCGAGCUGCUCGGCUUGGGACAGGAGAAGCUCCCCAGCAGCGAUUGCUCGGAGCUGCUCGAUGCGAGUGCCAGCAACAUUAGCUCCGCUCAGGAUCUGACCAAUGGCUAUCGCUUGCCCCUGCUCGCCGCUGUGCUCGUGCUCAUCUUCCUCGUCGUGGUGCUCAUCAUCGUCUUUGUCUUCCGCGAGAGCGUGCGCAUGUGGCUUUUUGCCCACUACGGCGUUCGGGUGUGUGAACCUCGCUUCGAGGAUGCCGGCAAGCUGUACGACGCCAUCAUUCUGCACUCGGAGAAGGAUUACGAGUUUGUGUGCCGCAACAUUGCCGCCGAGCUGGAGCACGGUCGUCCACCCUUCCGUCUCUGCAUCCAGCAACGCGAUCUGCCACCUCAGGCGAGUCAUCUGCAGCUGGUCGAGGGAGCACGCGCUUCCAGGAAGAUUAUCCUAGUGCUCACACGUCAUCUGUUGGCCACCGAGUGGCAACGCGUCGAGUUCCGCAAUGCAUUCCACGAGGCGCUGCGCGGUCUCGCCCAGAAACUGGUCAUCAUCGAGGAGACGAGCGUGUCCAGCGAGGCCGAAGAUGUCGCCGAGUUGGCGCCCUACCUGAAGUCGGUGCCAUCGAAUCGCCUGCUCACCUGCGAUCGCUACUUCUGGGAGAAGCUGCGCUAUGCCAUCCCCAUUGAGCUCUCCCCCCGCGGCAACAACUACACCCUGGAUCACCACGAACGCUUCAAGCAGCCCGUCUCGCCCGGUCUGAUCUUCCGCCAGGCCCCGCCACCUCCUGCCUACUACUGCACCGAGGACAUGGAGGCCAACUACUCGUCGGCAACCACUGCGACACCCUCGCCACGCCCCAUGCGACCUGUUGUCGAGUCGAUGGCCAUGCGCCCGCCCUCGGAGCACAUCUAUCACAGCAUCGAGUCGGAGUACAGCGCCUAUGAUCAGCACGAGGCGUUGUCCAUGAUGCCCAGUGGAAUGUUGCAUCAUGCGCAUCCGCAUUCACAGCAGAUGCAGGCUCAUCAGCUGCAGCAAUUGGCACGCCAGCAGCAGCAGCAGCGUCUGUUGCAGCCACAGUUCCGUGCCCCAGCAGCGGCUGCCUCAGCGCCUGCAACAUCCACAGCGCCUGUGCAUUUGCGCAGUGGAAGCGGACUCAGCCAGGCUAGCACCAGCACACAGUCAACAGCUCAGGCUUCCACUUCCGCAGCUGCAGCACAACAACAACAACAACAACAACAACAGCAGCAGCAACAACAACAACAGCAGCAGCAGCAACAGGCAGCUGCUGGCGGCGAAGUUGGCAGCACCAAUAAGAACAGUGGACAAGCUUUCCUGGUGUAAGCUAUCUCGCUGUCUCGCUCUCCCCCUCUCACUUACUCGCUCAACGGUUCCUGCGCAAGGGCGGCCAUCUUGAAGCUGCUCACAACACAAACACACGCACACACAAACAUACUAUGUGUGUGUGUGAGACAACAACAGAAAAAGACUUUUUCGUAGGCAUUUCUUUUCACAUGCGCCUUCGGUGUUCAAGUGUCGUUUGUUGUGUACACAGACACACACGCAUUUACACACACACACACACUUACAUACAUACAGAACAUAUUUAUAGGCUUAUUAUUAAAUCAUUAUUAUUAUUAUUAUUACUAUUACCAUAUAACAAUUACUAGAAAUGUUGCAAAAAACACUUUCAAAUUCAAUGUGAUAUAUUAAUUAAAAAAAUAUUAAAUAUAUACAAUAUAUAUAUAUAUAUA